GGCGGAGCGAGACAUGCAUCUGGCUGUUGUCAGGUUAUGAACCAACACCUGUCAGCAGGUGCAGAAGUCUAACUGAGCUGAACUCAGGGUAACAAAACAGUUUUUUAAACAUUUUAACAAAACCAAAAAGUAUUUUUGAAUUGAACUGAAGUUUAUUUUCACCCUCUACCUCCAUUAUAUCUCCUUUGUGUAAGAAAAUGAUCAUAUGGCUAUCAAAGACCUUAAAGCCUGUUUACUUUUUUGUCAUUUAUCUGUUUCUUUUUGGAGAACACUACAUCAUCAGUAAAGGGUGGUGUAAUAUUUUCAUGACUACUUUCCUUUUAUGGCAACUAAGACACAUGUAUAGGGAAGUUGGAGACAAUGUAAGUUUCAUUUCUCCAGCAGCUUUUACGUUAAGGCUUUGAGACUCACGAUCUAUCAGGAUAUAAAGUCUGAACUUGAAAUUCAGCUUUACAUUAAGAUCAGCAGCUCAGAUGUCUACUCUGAACUCACAGCUCUCCAGGGACCAGCAGAGAACCAUCUGCUCUCUGCUGGGAAGAGUCAAACUGAAUCUUCUCUACAAGGCCACCGUCCACGGCUUUACUGGUGCCGCCUUCCACCAGCGAUGUGACAAUCAGUCACCCACUGUGUCUGUGGGCUACAACGCUUCUGGUUAUGUGUUUGGAGGCUACACCAGUCAGUCUUUUAGUCAGUCUGGACAGUAUGUUAGUGAUGGCCGGGCUUUUCUUUUUAGUUUUACUGGUGGAAUAAUAAAAAAACAUCCAGUUUUUAAUGCUCCUUAUGCCGUCAGAAUGAUUGGCAACUCUGGUCCUACUUUUGGUAAUACCCUAGCUCUUAUGAAUGGAAACAGACCAGUGAUAUACAGCAACCCAGGAGCUCAGUACAACUUCAAUGCUGCAGAAAUGCAUGGAAAUGACCUGAACCUGACUGAAUGUGAAGUUUACCAGGUGGUUGAUGACUUAGAAUCUACUGAACCUGAGAAGCCAUGGAGGACUGUCAUCUGGGAAUCUGGGAAUAAAAAGGAGAUGAUGGAGAGCAUCCAAACCUACAAGCCCACAAUCUAUUCUGUGUCCCAGGCUCGAGUUUUACUCAUUGGACAAGUAGGAGCUGGAAAGUCCAGCUUCUUCAACUCCAUAAACUCUGUAUUCAGAGGUCAUGUCACCUGCCAGGCCAUCUCUGGUUGUUCCCCCACCAGUCUCACUACUCAGUUUCGAACCUACUCUCUGAAAGCAGGACGAGAAGGCAAACCUCUGCCAAUCGUCCUGUGUGAUACCAUGGGGCUCGAAUACAGCAUAGGGGCGGGGAUUGAUAAUGAGGACAUCAUCAGCAUUCUUGAGGGACAUAUGCCAGAUCGUUACCAGUUUAAUCCUGCUGCUCCUCUGCAUGAUGACGCUCAUGGCUAUCGCAAGUCUCCAGGCCUCAAUGACAAGAUCCACUGUGUGGCCUAUGUCAUUGAUGCCUGCAAGGUCUCUGUUAUGCCCACACGGUUUGUGGAGAAGCUGAAAGCUAUCCGCAGCAAGGCAAACCUGUUGGGCCUUCCUCAGCUGGUGCUGCUUACUAAAGUAGAUGAAGCUUGUCCUUUAGUGAAAAAGAAUCUGAGAAACAUCUACUGGAGUGAAUACAUCAAGAAAAUAGUGCAGGACAUCAGUGCUAAGGUGGGCGUGCCAAUGUCCUGCGUUGUUCCAGUGAAGAACUACAGCGAUGAGUUGGAGCUGGACUUGAACUGUGACAUCCUGCUGCUUAGCGCUGUCAUCCAGAUGCUUCGCUUUGUUGAUAACUACUUUGAUGAGCUUAGUGACCAACUGAGCAGUGUUGAGUUAAAAUAAAAAUCUGUAUAAAGAAAACCCCUGAAAUAAUUGAAAGAAGAAAAAUAUAAUGGCAACAAAAAAGAAAGGGGGUCAAUACUUUUUCACUGCAUUGAGUCUUAAUAAAGGAAAAUAUUUUGUCCCAUGAUAUUGUCACAUUUGUGUCUUAAAGUAUAACUGCU